AUUGUCAAAACCAGAUUGACUGGAUUGACAGAAACCAAAAGUUUGACUUGAAAAUACAAAUUUUAGUAGGUGCUCUCAUUCACUUAAUUUAAUUAUUUUUAAAUUAAUGGGAAAUUUAUCAUGGCCGGCACAUAUUAUUUUGUUAUAGUCGGACAUUCUGACAAUCCUAUCUUUGAAAUGGAUUUCAUUCCUGUUACUAAAGAAACAAAGAAGGAAGAUAACAGACAUUUGAACCAGUUCAUAGCCCAUGCUGCCCUAGAUCUAGUGGAUGAACACAUGUGGAAAGUACCAAAUUGUUAUUUAAAAUCUGUUGACAAAUUCAACCAGUGGUUCGUGUCUGCUUUUGUUACAGCAAGCCAGAUGAGGUUCAUAAUAGUUCAUGAUACAAGAAAUGAAGACAGUAUAAAAAAUUUCUUCACAGAUGUCUAUGAGUGUUACAUUAAAUUGAUGCUGAAUCCAUUUUACAAAGAGGAUACGCCAAUCACAAUGCCUGCUUUUGAAAAGAAAGUUCAAUUUUUAGGAAAGAAAUAUUUAACUUAAUACUAAGAUUUGAACAAGAGAUUUUAUGGACAUAUAUAAUACCGUAAAACGGGGUGAAAAGGGACAAAAUUGAACUUUGCACCAUAAUUUUAUAGAGUUACAUUAAUAAAAGUGAAUAUCAUUUGAGUGAAAUGUAUGUCCGCUAACUUAAAUAAUACAAUAGUCUUUAUAAAAUAACAAUUAUUUAAUCGGUUAUUAAUUUAUUUACUAAAUACUAAACUGUUCCUUUUCAGACUGAAUGUGGGGUCAAUUGGGGCGGAUAAGGGGUUGCUAGGGAAAACAGGUCAGGGCUGUCAAAAGACAAAAAAUAUAAUUAAUACACAAUUAUGGAGUAGAUAGGUAGGACGUAAAUAAGAGUCGUCUGUAGGUAUUAUUAUUUAUUCUUAUUCUUACAGAAAUUUUAUCGUGAUGUCUUCUUAAAAAGCCACUGACAAAAUCAGUGUUCUGGCAUAUUAUUUGUGACUCUCUUAAUCUUUAUGUCUGAUCUAUCUAAAAAUCCUUUUACUAAAAGCCUUAAGUCGUAAGUGUCAAGCGGAUAGCCCCAUUCAGAACAUAUUCAAAUAUUCAAUGAUAUAUUUUUCUACGUCUCGACUCAAAACUGUUUACCCACCCGGUUUCUUCAUAACUUUAGUGUCUCUGUAGAACAGAUUUUAGAAUAUUGCAUUGUUUCGCUAUGCUUACAAAUGACAUUUUUGUGCUUUCAUAUUCUCGAAGAGCAGUUGUAAUAUUAUUCUCAUCGUAUUUUUUAUAUGUUUUGUUUUGAAUAUUUUUAUAAUUGCGAGGCAUACUGAAACAAAUAGUAGUACAGACCGUUCACCAUAAGAUGUCCCCUGCCUUGAGAGUUGGUAGCAUUUCCAACGGUGUUGCAAACAAUAUAUGCACCUUUUACCCCCCAUUAUCUUGUGUGUAAUGUAAAAUUAUUGUUUUGGCUUCUGUUGCUCUAAUAAAGACCCCCUAUAUUAGUUUUCUUCAAUAUCUUCAAAGUACAGAUAUCGACCUGGCUUAUUUUUAUUAUAUGUCUAGAUAAUAUAUAGCUAAAAGACUAGGAAGGUUGUAAAUUAUGACACAAUUUAAAUUUGAAAUUAUUUAUUUAUUGCAUUUUUACUGACUGUAAUAAUGGUCGAAAGAAACGAUUCCAGACAUAUCACUGUCACUUGCAUAAGCGUCGUCUGACGUAUCCGAAUCUGUGCUGCUGUCGUUUCCUAGUUCAAUUAUGAAUUUAUCCGUAAUAUUAUCCAUGCAGCCAUCACGUUCAUAAAAUUUGUCUUCUAAAUGUUUUACGUGUUCACACUGUUUUUGCCAAUCCUGAGGAGUUAUCGAUGAAAAAGCUUCUUCAGUUAACUUCACGAUAUUACCAGCUUCUUGGCCGACAUUAUUGCUAGCUACUCGUCUCUUUAAAAGACUCCACAUAAACUCAAUAACAUUUAAGUCACAGUGAUAGGGGGGCAACCUAACCACUUUAUGGCCAUGACUUAUCAAUAAUUGGUCAGCCUCAUAAAUGGGCGCUUCUUUGUGCUCUUUUAUAAUUUGAUAAAGCUCUGCUUUCAACAUUGUCGGUAAAUAAGACAAUUCCUUAUUUGUAAUCCAUUCUUGCAUUUGGAAUUUUGAGGAACUCAUAGUAGGUGCUUUAUUCACUUGUACUGUAUGAUAGGGAGCAUUAUCCAUGACGACUAACGAGUUUGGAGGCAAAUUGGGUAUAAGUUUCUCUGAAAGCCAUUUCAUAAAAUUUGUUCUAUUCAUAUCGUCAUGGUAGUUCCCUGAUUUACUCUGUGAUUUAAAAAUCAAUUGAGCAUUAGAAAUGAACCCCAUUUCUCCACCUGCAUUAACAAUAAUCCAUCGCAUUCCAGGAGAAUCACUUGUUAGUACUCUGUCCUCGUCACUUUUUUGCCAACAUUUUUUCAUUGCAUAUGAUGCGUGAAUGUAUGUUUUAUCUAAGAAAACUAUAGGCCGACCUUCUACACGAUUUUGCCUCAUAGUAUCGAUAUACUUGCGUCUUCAUGCAACUAUGUCGUGUCUUUCCAUUAAAAUUUUCCGCUUCGAACCACACUUUUUGUAUUGAAAUCCGAUUCGUUUUAAAAUUUUCCACAAAGUGGUUCGACCUCCACCAAAGUUUAAAUAUUCCUUAAUUCAAUAAGUAAUUUAUUCAAGGUAGGAACAACUUUUCUGACAUUAUUCUGGUUCAUUUAGCAAAAGUUCUACUUCUGUUGGCAUUGUCGUUAAUUCAUUGAGAGCUGCCAUUGUGGUCAAAUCUUCUGAACCAUAGUUGUUUUGUUCAUUUAAAUUGCUCCUGUCCAUGUGUUGGAUUAGUUCCUUAGAAGUUGUUUCUAUUAUUUGCGACGAUGACUCGUGAGUUGAAAUUUUGGUACGAGAUAUUUAUACAAGUCGAAGCUUUUUAGCUUCGAUUGAUUUACCUACCAUCUUAUUUUUCGUCUUUCUGAUUAACUGUGGUUCAACUAUUUCUUCAAAUGUCUGAUAGUUAAGACUUGUAGAACAGUUGUCAUCCUAAAUUUCUUGAACUGGUUUGUGGGCAUUAAAUUUUUUGUGUAGCUUACUUGAUCUGAAUUGAUUGGCCAUAAACCAUAACCUUUAAAGCCGUUAUUCAACGUAGUCUUAUUUAAUUUGGGUAAAAGCUUCUCCAAUAUAGGAGCAACAUCUGUUUUUAGUAAGGAUUUUAAUAAGUUAUCUGUUCGCCAUUCUAGGACUACUUUACGCCACAUUUGUCUGCUGGUUGCAAAAUCCGUGUCGCGUUGGGGUAUAGAGCUAAAAGUAUUAUACCAAGAUUUUGACAAGUUGAGUAAGCUGAAGUGUUGUGUGGCUUUUAUGUCCAUCCAAAAAAAGAAUUACUGGAAAAGUGAUAUUCAUCUCCAUUAGCGCUGGAUGCAGAACAUUCUGUAUGUACUGGAUGAAAAGCUCGGCCUUCAUCCAUCCAUUAUCUGACAAGCCAAUACCCCACUCGUUAGGCACAGACUUUUGAAUCUCAGGUCGCAUUCUUUUUAAGGGGUAAAUAAUCAUAGGUGGUUGUUACACAAUCCGCCGAAAAUGUGAACAUUACAGUAACACAUGAUUUAGCCUUAGCGUGAUACACAUUUUUGGUUCCCUUUAAAGCGAUAACUUUGGUGUUCUUUGGGCAUAAAAUAAAAUUCGUUUCAUCUCCAUUGUAAACUCUAGAUGGAUCACUCAAAAUAUGAAGGAGAUAAUUUUCUUUCAGAUAUUCUUCUACUUGUGUUAACCAGUUUCUAAUUUGUUUCUCUGACAACUUUGAGCUUGCUGAACAACAGCCUCUAAUGUUUGUAUAGAAAGCUCAGGAUGCCUCUUCAAAAAUAGUUUAUAUCAUCCCUCGCCUGGUGUAUUAUCUAUAAAACUGUCUGGUCUGGGAUGUUCAUCCAAAUACAGUUUGACGCUCUUUAUGAUAUCCUCUUUACGCCGUGGAAAUCCUUUUUUACUAGCUGCAUUUAUUUAUCUGACUAUCUCUUAAUCUUCUGCAUUAGACAGAACUGUAUCUGGAGCAGGUCGACUUUUGACAAAUUGGGUGGAUAUGCGUAACUGCAAAGUUGCUCGUGGGAUAUUAAAUUUAUUUGCAGCAGUUUUCUUACCCAUUCCAUUUUUAUGGCUUGCAAGGCUUUUUUUACAUCUUAUUCUGUAAAUGCUUUUGUAAUUUUUUUUCCAUCCGUAACCUUCGGUAUUUUAAAGCAGGGUAGGUACCUGGUACCUCUCUGUAAAAAAAUAAUACGAUAACGACGACUUCAUUUCCAUAAAAGCUCACAAACAGCUGUGAAAGAAAUAUGGCUGAUAACAGCGUUGCCACUACAGAUUAUUAGAUAUUCUACCCAAUAAAGUAUUGCAACAGUAAAUAAACAGGAAUUGUCUCUUAAACUGAAUUUUUAAAUCAGAAUGCCAAUCACUGGGGGGGUGCCAACAAUGCCUUAUGCCAAUUUGGUUUGCCGUAUUUCAUUAUUUAUUUAAAAAAUGUCUAUUCUUCGUUUGUUUUUUACUCCAUAAAGAUUUUUUAACGUUUCUACCACUUCGGAUUCAUGUUUAUCUAGUGCGUAGGUACUGGUCCUUGCUUCUCAUUUUGUCGCACAUGUCGCGCGGCACCUUAAACUUUGUACAGUUUCUAAGUUACUAAUUUAUUUCGCAUCUUGGUCUUCAUGUUGUUAACUUGACUAAAUAUCCUUUCAAAGUCUGCGUUACUGUGUGGAAUUUUGCAGUCGGUUAUAUCAAGGAUGUUUUUCCAAAAUUCGUGGGCUUCCCAGGUGCUAAUGUCUACUACGGUCGAAGAUUUGUUGACAUCUGGUAAAAGUCGUCACUCGUUAUCAAUUUUUUGGAGGUUACUUUCAAUUUUGACAAUUCCUGGUUGUUUUUGGGUGCUUGCCCACUUCCGUUAAUGUUGCCAUGGAAAUAGUCGCUAUUGCUGUGGCGCACAGCUUCUUCAGGUGAUAGAUGUUUAAAGAGCGGAAGUAUUUCAUUGGAAAACUCAUAACGCAUCCGAAUUUCCUUGCAGCUUGUAAGAGCCGAGUCUCUGAGCGUCGAAUGGCGGCGCCCUCCCCCCACACCGUUUAGUUUUUCGUGAUAUUUACUUUUUAAAACAUAAAUCUUCCACCGGACACCCUGUAUUGUGAUUUUAAUGGUAUUACAGCUAUUAUGUUAUUGAGGAAACUCUAUAAAGUAAACUUAUCUUCAAAAUGUUAUUAGUAUGAUUCAAGCUUCUGGUAAUUUUUUUCUGUUACAUAACUACCUACCAUAGCUACCUUGUGAUUUCUACAGACUCCGUAGACUGAAUGGACCUUUAGCUUGUUCACCUUCCUAUACAAAAAAAGCUAUAAAAGGUUCCACAAAUAAAUAAAUUAUUAUACCUACUUUAUUUUAUAUAAGCUAAGAAGGUAAAUGUUUAUGGAAAAAUUGAUGUUAAGACUGUAAAUAUUGUAAUUAAAAGUUCUUUACCAAAUAUCAAA